AUGGAGGGGAGCGCCGCGGGGCCGAGCGCCGCGGCCGCCUUCGACGUCAUGAGCGCCCUGUGCUGGGAGGACGGCAUCGGCACGCUGCCCGGUAGCGACAUCCGGUUCUGUCUCAAUGAGUUUGGGAUGCUGGAAAUCAUCACCGAGGCCGAAGCAGAAGCCAUAAAGGCUCUGUCGAGCUUGGCUGCGAACGCCCGUGCCGCGGCCGCCGCCAGCGCCGCCGCCAGCCGGGAGCCUCCGGUGCCUGGAGACGUGGCGCCCGGUUCUCAUUUCCAGGCCUAUAGCCAGAUGGCCAGCAUUGCCAACGGCAAGUUCACUGCUCAAACGUGCUUGCAGCAGGACGGGGGCAGUUAUACCCACGACCCUGCAGCUGGCGGCAUCAGCAGGGGAAGCUCCAGGGCGCUCAGCGUCAGCGUCGCCUCCCGGGCGAACGAGGAGAAGAAUAAAUCAAAUAACAUGAGAGGCCGCAGAAGCACUAAACCAAUAAAACAAGCUGUUCCUGCGAAGAAGACCGUGUGGAACUGGGUUUCCUACCUGGAAGAGGAACAGAUGGUGGCUGCUCCCCUGAAACUGUUCCGAGAGUAUCAAUCGUUCCCGCAAGGCCGAAAUGGAUUUAAACCCGGAAUGAAAUUAGAAGGGCUGGAUCCUGAACACCCAUCUCGAUUUUGUGUCCUUACUGUGGCUGAGGUGCAGGGGUACCGUGUGCGACUGCACUUCGACGGCUACGCGGAGGGCUACGACUUCUGGGCCAACGCGGACUGCGCGCGGGGCCGCUCGGCUGCGGCCGGGGCUCUCGGAGGAAGCUUCAAGGAAGAAGAAUUUAAUUGGACUUCUUAUUUGAAGAAUUGCAAAGCUCAAGCAGCUCCAAAAAGCCUUUUCAAGACCCUUAGCGCACCUGUCACCCCUUCUGGAUUUCGUGUGGGAAUGAAACUGGAGGCAGUGGACAAGAAGAAUCCGUCGCUGAUGUGCGUCGCCACCAUCGCGGACAUGCUGGAAAACCGCCUGCUCAUUCAUUUCGAUAACUGGGAUGAGAGUUAUGACUACUGGUGCGAGCCGAGCAGCCCCUACAUCCGUCCUGUCGGUUACUGCCAGGAAACGGGAACCCCGCUGACAACGCCACCCGGAUAUAAGGAUCCCGAAGCUUUCUCCUGGGAGAAGUAUUUGGAAGAGACUAAUUCGCAAGCAGCCCCAGCAAGAGCAUUCAAACUGCGCCCUGCUCACGGAUUCCAGGUUGAUAUGAAGCUAGAGGCUGUGGACAAGCGAAAUCCCAUCCUGAUAAGAGUGGCGACUGUCAUUGACAAAGACGACUAUCGCAUCAAGAUACAUUUCGAUGGCUGGGACCAUGUUUACGAUUUCUGGGUAGAUGUGGACAGCCCGGACAUUCAUCCAGUUGGCUGGUGUGCAAAAACUGGCCACGCUUUGCAAGUCCCACUAGGUGCUGCCGUCCCAGUGGGAAGCGCAGGGCAGGUGUGUCCCACUCCAGGCUGCCAGGGCAUCGGUCACGUCAAGGGCCCGCGCUACGGAACUCAUUACACCUUAGUUGGCUGCCCAUAUUCCGAUGUGAAUCUCAACAGAGAAAACCCAUUGCUGGACCGUCUGAGCGGGGAGAGACCGGCCCCUAGCCAAAGCACCCAGAAAAGCAGGAGAGCAGAAACGGCCGCUCCGUUUCCUGGGGGCGCAGGGGAGUCUUCUCAGGAGGACUCUCCCCAGUCCAGGAAAUCUGUGCAAAGCAGCGAAAAAUCCUGCCAGUGCAGCCUGUACAGCCUGUCGGGACAGUCUGAAAACAGCCAAGAGAGAGACUGGACAGAAGAGGAAUCCUCUGCAUCCGGCAAAGCCAAACCAAAAAAGCUCGGGUGCUCACACGCCUACAUAAAGUUACAGCUGGUGAAACAAGAAGGCGACGGAAAAGCCGCGGAGCUCGACCUGCAGCAGGCCCUGCACCAGUCCAUCUUCAUGCCCUCGCUGGCGUCCAGCCCGCGCCAGCGGCUCCCCCCGUGCUGGGAGGAGACACCCGCUACCGCGGGGCUCACGGCCAGGGACGUGGCCAAGUGGUCGGUGGAAGAGGUGGCAAACUUCAUCCAGCGCCUGCCCGGCUGCAAGGAGCAGGCCCCGCUGUUCCGGGACGAGCAAAUAGAUGGAGAGGCCUUUCUACUUCUGAACCAGACCGACCUAGUUAAAAUACUCGGCAUCAAGCUGGGCCCGGCUCUGAAAAUCUCCAAUGCCAUCCUCAUGCUCCGGUCUGCGGAAGAACACUGAGCAGAGCUCUUGGCCGG